ACGAACAACGAAAUGAUAAAAAGGUCUGAUCUUGCCGCAUCUUUGCUCCAGUGCAUUCAUUGAAGAGCACGUUCACAUUAGUUCAAAGAUCUGAUCAGAGGCCUUGCAAACACGAAGCUAAGCAUACAGUCAACAAGCCACAACUUUCUCCCUUCUACUUUACUUCUACCAGCGUCAAUCGAGGACCCACCACAAUCGGCGCAAGCUGCUUAAGCAGACACCAAGACACACUUCCACCAUAUAUUUCUCACUAUCGCGAUGCCGGGAACUUCUAGGAUACCGCAGAGCCUGAGAGAUGGCCUCAUCAGUGUCAAGAGGAACAGACCAACCAGCGUCGUACAGCUUCUCAGCAUUGACCUGCUCCGAAACAUAGUCUUCACACUCUUUGUGCUACGAUGGACGCGGCGCGCCUUCUGGAAACUCCGGGGUCGCGGACUCCUAGGAUGGCUUGCCGAGCUGUACGCUGCGAUGCGGGUCACGGCCUACGGAUGGCUGCUGCGCGCCCCCGGCGUGCGCAACAAGGUGCGGUCGGAGGUCGAUACGGCUCUGUCCAAGCUCAGCAAGAAGACGCUGCCGCCGCCGGAGGCUCCGCGCUACUUGCAGAUUCCCAAGCAGGGCUGGACCAACGAGGCAGUCCGAGCUGAGCUUGAGUCGCUCGCCAACAUGGACCACACACGCUGGGAGGAUGGUUAUGUAUCGGGUGCUGUCUAUCACGGCGAGGACGAGCUCAUAAGUCUCCAGACCGAUGCGUACGGCAAAUUCACUGUCGCCAACCCCAUCCACCCCGAUGUCUUCCCCGGCGUGCGGAAGAUGGAGGCCGAGGUGGUGGCCAUGGUCCUGUCGCUCUUCAAUGCCCCGGUUGGCGCUGCGGGUGUCUCGACUUCUGGAGGUACUGAGAGUAUCCUGAUGGCGGUGCUGAGUGCCCGCCAAAAGGCCUACAAUGAAAGGGGUGUCACUGAGCCGGAGAUAAUUCUCCCCGAGACAAGCCAUACCGCUUUCCGGAAGGCAGCCGAAUACUACAAGAUCAAGGUCAACUUUGUUGCCUGCCCCGCUCCCGACUAUCAAGUCGAUGUAUCUCGGGUGCGCCGACUGAUCAAUGCCAACACCAUUAUGCUUGUUGGCUCGGCUCCCAACUUUCCUCACGGCAUCAUUGACGACAUCUCUGGGCUUUCCAAGCUCGCUGUCCGUUACAAGAUCCCUCUCCAUGUCGACUGCUGUCUCGGUUCAUUCUUGGUCCCUUUCCUUGAACGUGCGGGCUUCGAGACCCGGCCUUUCGACUUCCGGUUGAAGGGUGUCACCUCCAUCAGCGUGGACACUCACAAGUACGGCUUUGCCCCCAAGGGCAACAGCACUGUGCUUUACCGCACCGCUGAGCUUCGCAAGUACCAGUACUUUGUGUGUCCCGACUGGAGCGGUGGUGUCUAUGCCUCCCCUGGGAUUGCUGGCUCUCGUCCCGGUGCCCUUAUUGCAGGCUGCUGGGCCAGCAUGAUGGCCGUGGGUGAGGCCGGAUACCUGGCCGCCUGCGUCGAGAUCGUCGGCGCCGCCAAGAAGCUUGUCGACCACAUCAACGCGUCACCCAGCCUGGCCGCCGAGCUCGAGAUCAUCGGCAAGCCCUUGUCCUCGGUCGUUGCCUUCCGGGCGCGCAACCUCAACAUCUACGACAUUGCCGAUGCCAUGGGCGAGAAGGGAUGGCACCUCAACUCCCUGCAGAACCCACCAGCAAUGCACGUGGCAUUCACCCUCCCCACCGCCAAGGUCUGGGAGCGCCUGGCCACCGAUCUCGAGGCCUGCGUCGAGGGCGAGCGCGAGAAGGAGCGUGCUAGGAUCGCCGAGGGCAAGGGCGCCAAGGGUGCGGCCGUCGGAGACUCGGCCGCCCUGUACGGUGUCGCCGGCAGCUUGCCCAACAAGAGCGUCGUCGUUGAGUUGGCCAAUGGCUUCCUUGACCUGCUUUACAAGACUUGAUGAGCAGGGUUUCUCUUUUCUAGACUUUCUCUUUCGCCUUCUUUUGUUGCUUUUUUUUCUGGUUGUCCCUGUUGUUCAAGGCUUUGUACUACUUACUGCCUUGCAUCUCUUUUAUGGGAUUUGUCUUUUUAUGAGCGCGCACAUGGGGAAGUCUUUUGCAUUAUCAAGGCGUUGUCUGUGUUUUUUGUUUCUUUUCCAUAAAUGUUUAUACAAUCCUCGUCGAAAUUCUUAAUUCUGACGUAUACUCUUUAUCACAAAAUAGUCAGAAUGACAAAUAGUGUGCCACUCACGAUGAAUCCCCCGAACUCUAUAAUUACAGCAGUAUUCCAU